UGGUCCGUGCGGGAAGUCCGCGACGGCCGCGUCCUCCUCGACAGACCCCGCCGCCACGACUCCGGUGAUGGGUUGGAUGCCCUCUUCAAAGAGAUGGUGGUGUGCGACCCCCUGCACCGGCAGUAUAUCCUGCUCCCCCCAAUCCCCGACGACAUGGCCGCUCCGGUUGCGGACCACCUCAUGAUAUAUGGGCAGAGCUUCGCCGAGACCUUCCUCGUCCCUCCCGGCUACGACGACGAGGAGGAAGCUGCUACGGCCACGGAUGAGACGUCAUUCAGGGUGAUCUGGGUGGCGCUGCUCCAAGCUAAGCAGAUGGCCGUCGUCUUCUCUUCGCGCACAGGGCAAUGGCGAGCCCUGACUCGGAGCGUGUCGUUGCCUCUACCGGAUUUCACAUGGAUGGUUCACUUCAGGUCGCGCCAUUACGCCCAUGGCUGCUUCUACUGGAUUUCAGGUGAAAAAUUGCUGGUGCUUGACAUUCAGAGGAUGGAGUUCUCCAUGGCCGUCCACCCACCCUGUGCCAGAGCUCCGAGCGAUGAUGUGGCCAUCGCGGAGGCAGGCCAAGGCACGAUUCGGAUGUUUGUGCCUACACCCAACACAGCUCGCCGUAGUUUUACGGUUUGGCGAAACAACGGUGGGAUUUCCACCCAGUGGCAGUGGCAGAUGGAGAAUGAGACAAUCUCGCUGCCUUCUGGGUCCUUGCUCACGGGCGCAGUGGGGAGGCACCUGCUCCUAUAUCAUGUCGGAAGCUCGUCGAUCAGGCGAGGUUGUUACACGCGGGGCGUCGACACAUUCCAGUUUGAGAGGGUGUGUGGUUCUGCUUCAUUGCCCAAACCGUCUCAUGUAUAUUGCAACUUUCCACCGUCGUUAUUAUCGGCACCGACAGUGUCAAGUGCCACACCCCACGCUGACGUCCGGGGAGAGGGGGGCGCUGUGCGGGUGCCUGAACUACAAGAAGCCGACCCUGGAGGCGCGGAAGUGCACGUCCUCGCAGCGGCCGCCCAGCUCUAAACUCCUUGUUCGUCGCGGGUGGCGUAGCUCGAGAGGGCGUGCAAGGAGACGAGGGGCCUGCCAGUACCAGGGUGUCGAGGAGGACGACAGCGGCCAAGGGCAGCAAGUCCUUCAGCUGGAGGGGCUGCUUCCCUUGAUUGUGAUAGCUGGUCUCAGAUCCUUUUGUAAGUUCAUUCAUUUGCCUGAUGUGCGGUGCUGGUCUCUUGGUUUGUGCAACUGUUGGUCACUCACUCACUGGUUAAGAGUCAGGUAAGGUAAAUGAGCAAGAUUAGCAGUUGGGACUGUGGAGCUUUCACCGUUGUACCCUGUUUGCUCUUGCCGUCCUGUGCAACUGUUGCUUGAUGACUGGUCGACAGUGAAUUAGUACUCCCUCUGAUCUUUUUU